AGUGAGUUUAGGCGCGAAGCCUCUGUCUAAAGUUCUUUUUCCCGCUCAAAAAACAUCAUUGUUCACUCGUCAGUUGGCUUAUCGUCAUCGUCUGGUCUUGGUCCGCGACUGACGCUGUAUUUUCUUUCCUCUACUUCCUUUGUGGUUUCGGAAGAUAAUUUUCGAGUGCCCUCACUCUGCCGUAUUGUGCAACAGUCGAAACCAAAGAAAGCAGCCAAGAUGUUUGAAGCACGUUUGGUUCAGAGUAUGAUCCUGAAGAAGGUCCUCGAUGCCAUCAAAGACCUUCUCAAUGAGGCCACGUUCGACUGCUCUGACUCGGGCAUCAAACUGCAGGCCAUGGAUAACUCUCACGUGAGCUUGGUGUCGUUGAGCUUGCGGUCCGACGGCUUCGACAAGUACAGAUGCGACCGCAACCUCUCCAUGGGCAUGAACCUGGCCAGCAUGACCAAAAUCAUGAAGUGUGCGGGUGGAGACGACGUGCUGACCAUGAAGGCCCAAGACAAUGCCGACACAGUUACGUUCAUGUUCGAGUCACCGAACCAGGAGAAGGUUUCUGACUAUGAGAUGAAGCUAAUGAACUUGGACCAGGAACACUUGGGCAUUCCUGACACAGACUAUUCCUGUGUUGUCAAAAUGCCAUCAGGAGAGUUUGCUCGCAUCUGCAGGGACCUUAGCCAGUUUGGAGAGUCUGUUGUGAUUGCCUGCACCAAGGAGGGUGUUAAAUUUUCAGCUGCAGGUGAUAUUGGCUCAGCCAACAUUAAACUAGCUCAGACUGCCAAUGUUGACAAGGAAGAGGAAGCUGUUACAAUUGAAAUGCAGGAGCCAGUAACUUUAACCUUCGCCUGCCGAUACUUGAACUCCUUCACAAAAGCUACACCUCUCUCUAACCAGGUGUGUUUGUCCAUGUCUGCUGAUGUUCCUCUUGUGGUAGAAUACAAAAUUGGAGAGGUUGGACACAUCAGGUAUUACCUUGCUCCCAAGAUUGAAGAAGAGGAAAGCCAUUAAGUGUACUGUACAUUAUUUAUUUUUAAUUUUUCUGUUUGCACCUCAUGUGUUUGUCAAUGUCAUUCCUCAAAA